CCCAGACAGCUGGAGGAGAUAAACAGAGCAGGGGGAGGGAGGGGUGUGCGUGUGUGAGAGCGCGCGAGGGAGUGUGAGUGUGUGUGAGCGCGGGUGUGAGGCGGUGCGCAGGGGCGGGCGGAGGCGCUGUCCGGCCCCAGCCAGGCACCAGGCGCGGAGAAUGGGAAGCGGCUAGGGCUGCCCAGAUCCCCAGCCCCCUUCCCGGGAUCCGCGCCCCUGCUCCCGGGAGAGGGGCCGGGCCCGCGGACGGACAUGGGCUCCUGAAGUUGCGCUGCUGCUGGUCCCGGGAAGAGACCUGACAGGUAAUUAAAUGUUUGUCUUGUGGACCUGUGCUUGGCUGGAAUGUGCAAGGGUCCUGAAGAUCCUUCUAUAGCUUCCUUCUGCUGAACCCAUUAAGAGAAGAUGGCAAAAGUCAACAUAACUAGAGACCUCAUUCGUAGGCAAAUCAAAGAGCGGGGUGCCCUGAGCUUUGAACGGCGGUACCAUGUCACCGAUCCCUUUAUCCGGAGACUAGGCCUGGAAGCAGAGCUUCAGGGUCAUUCAGGAUGUGUCAACUGUCUGGAGUGGAAUGAGAAAGGAGACUUGUUGGCCUCUGGUUCCGAUGACCAGCAUACCAUUGUGUGGGACCCACUGCACCACAAGAAGCUGCUCUCCAUGCACACGGGACACACUGCAAAUAUCUUCUCUGUCAAGUUCCUGCCUCAUGCUGGAGACCGCAUCUUGAUUACGGGGGCAGCAGACUCCAAGGUGCAUGUCCAUGACCUGACAGUAAAGGAGACUAUCCACAUGUUUGGAGACCAUACGAACCGGGUGAAGCGCAUUGCCACAGCACCCAUGUGGCCCAACACAUUCUGGAGUGCUGCUGAGGACGGGCUUAUCCGCCAGUAUGACCUUCGGGAGAACAGCAAACACUCAGAAGUGCUGAUUGAUCUGACAGAGUACUGUGGCCAGCUGGUGGAGGCCAAGUGCCUCACUGUCAAUCCCCAGGACAACAACUGCCUGGCAGUAGGGGCCAGUGGGCCCUUUGUGAGACUCUACGACAUUCGCAUGAUCCAUAACCACAGAAAGAGCAUGAAGCAGAGCCCUUCAGCAGGUGUGCACACCUUCUGUGAUCGGCAGAAGCCCCUCCCGGAUGGUGCAGCCCAAUAUUAUGUGGCAGGUCACCUGCCAGUGAAGCUGCCUGACUAUAAUAACCGACUGAGAGUGCUGGUUGCCACCUAUGUGACCUUCAGCCCCAAUGGCACAGAGCUGCUAGUCAAUAUGGGAGGAGAGCAGGUCUAUUUGUUUGACUUGACUUACAAGCAGCGGCCGUAUACCUUCCUUUUGCCUAGAAAAUGCCACUCCUCAGGGGAAGUCCAGAAUGGCAAGAUGUCUACUAAUGGUGUAUCCAACAGUGUGUCUAAUGGCCUACACCUUCACAGCAAUGGCUUCCGGCUGCCAGAGAGAGGGGGGCAUGUCAGCCCCCAGGUAGAGCUACCCCCAUACCUGGAGCGUGUAAAGCAGCAAGCCAAUGAGGCUUUUGCCUGCCAGCAGUGGACCCAGGCCAUUCAGCUGUAUAGCAAGGCUGUUCAGAAGGCCCCUCACAAUGCUAUGCUCUAUGGAAACCGAGCCGCUGCCUAUAUGAAGCGCAAGUGGGACGGUGACCACUAUGAUGCCCUGAGGGACUGCCUCAAGGCCAUCUCCUUAAACCCGUGCCACCUGAAGGCACACUUCCGCCUGGCCCGCUGCCUCUUUGAGCUCAAAUAUGUGGCUGAGGCUCUGGAGUGCCUGGACGACUUCAAAGGGAAGUUCCCGGAACAGGCCCACAGCAGCGCUUGUGAUGCAUUGGGUCGGGACAUCACAGCUGCCCUUUUCUCCAAAAAUGAUGGUGAGGAGAAGAAGGCAGCUGGUGGUGGAGGCCCAGUUCGCCUCCGAAGCACGAGUCGCAAGGACUCCAUCUCAGAAGAUGAAAUGGUGCUGCGGGAACGGAGCUAUGACUAUCAGUUCCGCUACUGUGGCCACUGCAAUACCACCACGGAUAUCAAGGAGGCCAAUUUCUUUGGCAGCAAUGCUCAAUACAUCGUCAGUGGCUCUGAUGAUGGUUCCUUCUUCAUCUGGGAAAAAGAAACCACCAACCUAGUUCGCGUCCUCCAAGGAGAUGAGUCCAUCGUCAACUGCCUACAGCCACACCCCAGCUACUGCUUCCUGGCCACCAGUGGCAUUGACCCUGUUGUGCGACUCUGGAACCCAAGACCAGAGAGUGAAGACCUCACAGGCCGAGUCGUGGAAGACAUGGAGGGCGCCUCUCAGGCCAACCAACGGCGCAUGAAUGCAGAUCCCUUGGAAGUGAUGCUACUCAACAUGGGCUACCGGAUCACAGGCCUGAGCAGUGGGGGCGCUGGAGCCUCUGAUGAUGAGGACAGCUCAGAAGGCCAGGUGCAGUGCCGGCCCAGCUAGACACUCCUAGCUCCCAGUCCCCAGUCCCUGCUACUGGCUGGACCCUCCACCCUGGGUAGGAGGUCAGGGGGUUGGGUUCUCUUUGGUUUUGUCUUCCCACCCUACCCCCAUUUUUCAUUCCCCAUUUUGUUAGUUUGGUAUUGUGGUGGGGAUUGCUGCAACUUGCUGGCUUCAGACUCUUGGGCUGAUUGUCCCUUGACUGUCCCCAGCCCUGAGCAGAAAAGCAGGAGGGGGAGCCCCUUCAUAUGCUCCCACAUCCUGCUUCCACAUCCCUGGAAGGCUCUGGCCCUUCACAAACCCCCCUCUGCCUCCAGUGGGGAGGCAAGAGCUGAAACAGUCUUCAAGGACUGCCCUGCCCUUCAGUUGGCAGCAGAAAGGGAGCGGAACUCCCAGCUGGCAGAGGCUUGCCUUGGCCUGUUGCCACUCUUGCUCUCCCUCCUACAGGGCUAGCUCCCCUGUGGCCUUCUGGGAAGGUCCUGCCACAGCCAGCAGUGUUAGGUGGAUGCUUGGGAAAGAUGGGAGUCCCAGAGUGGGCAGUCAGGCCACCUGCCCUGGUGGCAGUGGAGCUCCUCGACUCCUCCUGGGCCUGCUGUCCUAGGCCACCUCUGGAGGAUCUGCCUUUCCUGAAAUGUGGCAGGGGGUGGGGCGUCUCAAUCCCCACCCACCUGCACAUGCAGAAACACUUCUUCGCCAUGGCCACUCUCCUCAGGCGCUCCUGGCCUCACUGUGACCUUUCUGCGAGCUCCCAGCCAGGACUACUCUGCUGUGGUGGCGCUUCCUAAGGGCCCUUCUCGCCCUCUCUGUCCUUCCCGCCCCAUGUGCUGAGCUGCCACAAAGACCAAAGAAGCGAUGGCUUUUCUCUGUCCCCUGCUGCUCUGGGGGGAUGGGGUGGGAAAGUCCCGAGCUCAGCCAUCCCUCCCCAGCAGCCCCAAGCUUUACACUGGAUGCGCAGUCACUCUACCACCAAGCCUCCCUCUCCCCUGCCCCUUGGCUCUUCUUGGGAGCUACUCUGGGAGUUGGUUCAUCCCUGCCUCCCCCAGCCCUCUGUGCUUAGCCUGGGCACCAGCCCUCCAGCUGCAGCCUCUGGGGAGAAGCAGCCUCCCUUCCCUCCCUCCCUCCCUCCCUCCCUCACCCCUGUCUCUGCCAGGUGCCUCCUCUCAGUCAAGCUUCAGAGCAGCCCUGGAGACAGGAGGGCCACGUUAAAAGCUUUUUCACAGUUUUAAGAAGUCGAGGGGGGUGAGGCUAGUGGUGGGGGGUCUGGCACCAUCUCAUUGCUUUAAUCUCAGCUACACAGGUGGCAGCUUCUCCCCCUUCCUGCCCACCCCAGGCCCUCUUCCCACCCCUCUCUUCUUGUAGCUUGGUAAUGAAGUGUAUUUAUUGGUGAAGGGAACAGCUGCUGCUGCUUCUCCUGCUGCUGGGACUUGCUCCCCUGUUUCUUCUUCAUGACCUUUCUCAAGCCAGGGAGGGGGAGCCAGGAGUAUUGGGGCUAGGCCCUGGGCACAAGACCUAGCCUGGGUCCCUUUGCUUUCCUAUGUUCUAGCCACCCGUCAUUUCCUCCCUCCCUGACUCUGCCUCCCACCCCCUGCCUGCCCAGCCUGGGCCCUGCAGUGUGGAGGGACACAUAAGCCUUACUGUCCUCUGGGGGCAGGAGCCGAGCCUUUUUGUUGCUCUGCUCCCAGGAGAGUGAGGGUGACGCAAUUGAUUAAAACCAUUUUGUUCUA